AUGCUACGACAGACCAUCUCGGCCACCUCUAGAGCCCUCCGAUCCACUGCCAGACUAAGCACCCAAAGGCAAACCGCCUCUCUGCCUCACUUCUACCAGACGCCAUUCGCAGCCGUGCGGACAAUUACGCCACGAACGAGAUGGUACAGCUCUGAAACGGACGCUGCAAGGAACAACGGCGAUGCAAAGGACAAUGGCGAGGAGGCAAAGAAGGAGGGGGAGGCCGAGAGUCCCGAAGCUGCGCUAAAAAAGCAAUUGGAGGCCAAAGACGCGGAGAUCCGGGAGCUAAAGGACAAGUACCUCCGCUCCAUGGCUGAGCAACAAAACGAGUUCCGGAGCCUGCAAGAACGGACAGCACGCGAGAUUCAGAAGAACAAGGAGUUCGCUAUUCAGGGGUUCGCCCAGGACCUCGUCGACACGGUCGAUAACUUUGACCGGGCGCUGGCCAUGGUGCCCGAGGAGAAGCUCAAGUCUCAGUCUGGAGAGGAGAAGUCGGAGCACCAGCAGGACCUGGUCAACUUGUACGAGGGGCUCAAGAUGACCGAGACCAUCCUGAUGCAGACGCUCAAGAAGCACGGCCUGGAGCGCUUCGACCCCAACGGCGAGGUUUUCAACCCGCACGAGCACGACGCCACCUUUAUGACGCCCAUGCCGGACAAGGAACACAACACCGUUUUCCACGUUCAGCAAAAGGGCUUCCGCCUCAACGGGCGCAUCCUGCGCCCGGCCAAGGUCGGCGUCGUCAAAAACAAAUAA